AAGUGAAUACCAAAAAUCACGAUUUUAACAGCUAACAUGCACUGCCUGCAGUGCUCGUCGGAGUCCGAUAAAAACUGUGCCGAAGGCACCCACCCCACAAGCGAAUGCCUACCGGAAGAGGAUAGCUGCUUCACGCGUCUCGUCGGUGGCCACGUGGUUCGAGGUUGCUUGCUGGAUCUCCCGUUGGAUGAGUGCUUAAACGACAAAACCUGCAGGUCAUGCGUGGGAAAUGGCUGCAACAGAGCCUAUUGGCCCAAAUGCCACCAAUGCGGAAGUGGUGACGUCGGAUGUGACGGGGAACAGCUAGGUUCGCCCGAGUUUUGUGGUCAAAUUGCGGGGUGGAACUAUUGCUACGCAAGGUUGAAUGGUGGGCAAGUAACUCGCGGUUGUGGCUUCGAAGAUGGACUAUGUAUUGUGGAGCCGGAAAGUUGCCAAAUCUGCUUCAACGACGGAUGUAACGGAUUGGCCCGGGACGCACUGAAGCCCACCAAGUGCCAACGUUGUUUUAACUCGACCACAGAUUGCAUCGAAGGAAUCGCUUCGACGUUGAGCAGCGAUUGCUCAAGACUUGCCGAUGCUUGCGUCACUGUUGUUACCAGUAUGGCUUCAAGUGCCAAGGUUAUUCGAGAUUGUUCCGAGGUGCUCGAGGCUGGUAUUAGAUCCUGUUCAAACCCGCUGAACGAUCAUCCUUUGUGUGUGUCCUGUCAGGGGGACAAUUGCAACGACAAGAGGUGGCUGCGGUGCCAUCAGUGCAAGGUCACUACCCUGGACAGUAGCUGUAACGCGGAGCAGGUCGACUCAGCAAUGUUCUGUGCAAACUACCGGGAAAGCAAUCGGUGCUACACGCGGGUUCUAAAUGGGUUCUUUGAAAGGGGCUGCUUGUCGGAUUUUGAUGUAAAUGUCAACGUGUGUAAUGUAACUGGGGCUGAAAACUGCAACAUAUGUGACGGUCAAGCCUGCAAUAGUAGAAUCAACUCAGCACCAAAAUUAGGUGGUUUAACUUUAAUGUUUCAGUUCAUACUUGCAAUCUACACCCUUGGAUGACUAUCAAAGACUAGAUAAAUAAAUAAAG